AUACUAGUAGCUAGCUGCCAGUGGAAAUAGUUACUUUUCAAGUGUGAGUGGAACUACUCUUUUCUGGAAACAGGAAGGACAUGAGCCAAAACCUUAUAAGCAAGAGCUUUGACAUCAGUUAGUGAGUUUUCACCCUGACAACAUGUGCACUGGAAAAUGCUCCCGUUGCAUUGCCUACACUCUGUACCCAUUAGUGCUCACAUCCAUCAUCUGUAACAUAGUGUUGUUCUUUCCUGGCGGGGACAUCAAGUACGCCAAAGAUGGACACAUUACCGAGGAGGUGAAAUACAUGGGGGGACUCGUUGGAGGGGGUUUACUGGUGUUGAUCCCAGCACUUUACAUUGGCUUGACUGGAGAAGAGGGCUGCUGUGGAAAUCGCUUUGGGAUGUUCUUAUCCAUUGUGUUCGCCGCAGUGGGGGUGGCCGGUGGACUAUACAGUUUCGUUGUGGCAGCGCUUGGUUUAAGUAACGGGCCCUUCUGCAAAGCCGGUGGGGAUUGGACAACACCUUUCAAAAACAGUACUUCUUCCUACCUGAAUGACUACAAGUCGUGGGGAGACUGCACAGAGCCUAAGAAUGUGGUGCAGUUCAACGUUGGAUUGUUCAUGACUCUGAUGGCAGUCAGCUGCCUGCAGGUGAUUCUCUGCGCCAUUCAGAUGAUCAACGGCCUCUUUGGCUGCCUGUGUGGAGCCUGCAUCAAGAAAGAGGAACCAUGAUAAGGAUGCCUCUGACCCACAUCUGAAGAAUUGACUGGUGGCCCCUGCUGGAAGGCUGAGACUGGUUGAAUCAGCAUUCACUUUGAAAUUGUUCCACUCUCUGAUAACAGAUUUUACAAUUUUAUGUAUCUCGUGAAGCUUCACAAGGUUGCAGUAUAUUAGGUUAUGCUGUGAAACAGUAUUACAAAAAAACUCAUUCUAAUUGUAUGCUCAAUUUUAAAUAAAUAGGUUUAAAACAUAAGCUGCUGAUCCACUGCUACAGCUCUUUGUUGUGUUUAAUCACAUUUAGCAUUUUACAGUAAUAUUAACUGUUUGGCUUAUUGUACAUUUCAGGCAAAAUAAUAAAUACCACGACUUCUUCUUCAGUAACACAUUUCAUGUUGAUUCUAUGACUAUAAAUGUCACUCAAUACUGUUUCAGCAUUUACAUCUAUACAUCUAUUUCAGUUAUCUCAGACUGUUGGAUGUAUAAACUUACUUUUGUUUGGCUGGCUGUUCCCUGGUAGCAAAGCCAACAUGUUAGAUGUCACAACAGGAGCUUCUAUUGUCUUGUAAGGUUACAGUUUCAUACAUUCAGCAGCAUUUAGAUGCUAUAGGCCAAGACAGAGCGAGGUAUAAGCAACUGCCAUUUACCAUGAUGGUGGAAAUCACAACCCAAACGUUUGCUUUUCUUUACUGUUUGCUGCCUAAUAAUGGGGGGCACAUGCAGGAUGCUUCCUGCUCCACAGUGCCCUGGCUUCAAGCAAAUGAAGAGACCAAAGUGUAUCUUUCAUGAUGCAGCACUCAAGAAUUAACAAAAGUGAGUAAAACAAGUGUGAUCAUAUCCUACAAUAAAGGUCAAUCAUUUACUAA